AUGAUUGCAACCGCAGAGAGUCUGUACAAGGUCCUUGGCAUUCCCUACAGGGUGGUGUCGAUAGUGUCGGGUGAGCUGAACAACGCUGCCGCGAUGAAGUACGACCUCGAGGGUUGGUAUCCGGGCUCGAAGGCCUUCAGAGAACUUGUCUCGUGCAGCAACUGCACCGACUACCAGUCGCGCCGUCUUGGUAUUCGUUUCGGACAGACCAAACAAAUGGGCAAAGAGGUUGAGUACGUGCACAUGCUGAAUGCGACGAUGUGCGCAACCACCCGGGUGAUUUGUGCCAUUCUCGAGAACUACCAGACGUCGGAUGGGAUUGUCGUGCCGGAGGCGCUGCGCGAAUUCAUGCCGGAAGGUGAGUUUCUUCCACUUGUGCCUAGAGCGUGUUCUUUGUGGCCACCCUGUGCCGUAAUCCGAGCGAGGCAAUGCACUUUUUGUUCAACUGGCCUGAAGACAAAGAUUCCCUUUGUGAAGGCGGCACCGAUCGAUCAGGAGAAGGCCGUGCCGGCGCCGUCAGAGUCGAAGCUGCCCUCCAAGGGGAAGGUGCCGAAGGAGCAGCCAGGACACCAAGAGCCUGAUGCCCCUGUGGAGAGUGCGAAAGAGGGCCCCGAACCAGCAGAGGCGGUUGUCGCACCAGAAGAAGGCGGUGAGGCUGGUGGUGCGUCGGGCACAAACAAGAAGAGGCGGAACAGGAAGAAGAAGAAUUAA